AACUCUUAAGCCAACGUAUCCCCACAGUAAAAAAAAGGACAUCUAACCUUUCCAAACGCACAACACAACUCACGCAGAGAGAGAGAGAGAGAGAGAGAGAGAGAGAGAGAAGUGGAGUUUACAACCAUCUGUGAGAAAACGAAAUCUAUUGACUUUGCGGCGGCUCUCUCUAACAUCGAUCUAGAGAGAGAGAGAGGGAGCUCGGAUCGCUAAAAUCAUGGCGGAGAUAGCAAGAUCAACUCCAACUUCAUCAUCAUCAUCGCCGCUAAAUCCGCAUCCCACGGCCAGGAUCUUCCCUGCAUUGUGUUGAAGAUGAAUAAGGGAAGAAAAUGAGGAUGAGGAACAACAAACACCGCAAAUCAUCUGCUUUCCGUUGCGAUGCAGGAAGCAGAUGCAAUCUCGUGUUCGCGGUUUGGAGCUUCGUCGGAUUCGUGUUGUUGAUCCAUCUCUACACCGUCGUCACCCAUGACAAGAACAAGGGGGAUAUCUAUGUUCAUUCGAGCCGCGUCGCGCCCACUAGAGAAUUGGAAGAGGUCGAGGAGGAGAAUUUCCGGUUGCCGCCCCCCCGGAGCAAGCGGAACCCCCGCGCGGUGAAGCGGCGGGGGCCCAGAAGGCCGCCGACGGUGAUCGACGAGUUCUUGGACGAGUCGUCGGAGAUACACUCUUUGUUCUUUCCCGAUCAGAGGACCGCAGUUGUCCCGACGCAGGGGGGGAACGACAGCAUGCACUUCUAUCCCGGUCGGUUGUGGCUGGACACGGAUGGGAAUCCCAUUCAAGCCCACGGCGGGGGAAUUUUGUAUGAUAAAGCGACCGAGACUUACUACUGGUAUGGGGAGAACAAAGAUGGCCCGACCUAUCAAGCUCACAAAAAUGGAGCUGCUCGCGUCGACAUUAUAGGCGUGAGUUGCUACUCUUCAAAAGACUUGUGGGCAUGGACUAACGAAGGCAUUGUGCUUUCUGGCGACGAAUCUAAUGUCACCCACGACCUCUACAAGUCCAAUGUACUCGAGAGGCCUAAGGUGAUAUACAACGACAAAACCAGCAAGUACGUCAUGUGGAUGCACAUUGACGACACGAACUAUACCAAGGCAUCAGUUGGCGUGGCGGUGAGCGACUCCGCUACCGGUCCCUUUACUUACCUCUACAGCAUGCGCCCGCACGGCUUCGAUAGUCGGGAUAUGACCAUAUUUAAGGAUGAUGAUGGCAAAGCCUACCUUAUUUAUUCUUCUGAGGAAAACAGUGAGCUCCACGUGGGACUGCUGACCGACAAUUAUCUCGACCUUACUAGAGAGAUGAAGAGGGUUCUUGUAAAGAAGCACAGAGAAGCCCCCGCGGUCUUUAAAUAUGAGGGGACAUACUACAUGAUAACCUCAGGGUGUAGCGGUUGGGCCCCCAAUAAGGCGCUGGCCCAUGCGGCCCUGUCGAUCAUGGGCCCGUGGGAGACACUGGGGAAUCCUUGCGUGGGCGGGAACAGGAUCUUCAGGCUCACGACGUUCUUCUCUCAGAGUACUUUCGUGCUGCCGCUUCCUGGCUUGCCGGGCUCAUUCAUAUUCAUGGCGGAUCGAUGGAAUCCUUCGGAGUUGAGGGAUUCGAGGUAUGUGUGGUUGCCCUUGGCUAUAGGGGGAGUGGCCGAUGAGCCUUUGGAAUACAGUUUCGGGUUCCCGUUGUGGUCGAGGGUUUCUAUUUAUUGGCACAGGAGAUGGCGCCUUCCGGACGGGUGGAGCAAUGCUUAAGAUACGAAAUUCUUAUCAUGCCAUUCAACAGAGAAUAAUCAGGGUUCUUCUUUGCGAUACUGUGAAUAUGUAUGUAGAUUUGGAAUGCGCAAUUCUCGGUGAUUAUUUCCUGCUUCAUCUAGGGAAUGCCUGAUCCUUCACUUUCCUCUGGGGCUGCUACAAUGUACUAUUAGGCUUCUCAGCUGCGGGAUCUUCUUCAGCUUCAUGUAACAUCAUCAACUUACAGGUAUGGGGAUCUGAGUUACUUGAAAAACGACUUAAAUCACCGCAUACACACUUUUAUAGCAUUUGUUAUGUGAGAUUAUGAACUCAUGAAAGUGAAUAAUCUUUUCCUAGUUAUUGUUUCUUCAUUGUCCAUAUAUCAAUAAACCAACUCUGUAGUUCUCGCGCUCA